UUUCCUAUCUACUUAAUAACAAUGAACUUUGACUGUAAGUAUUGGCAUCUGUAUGAUUAUUAAUGAAAGAUUUGUUAUCGUUUCAUUCUGGAAUGUAAUCAUGAUUCGUUUAAUAUCAUUUGGAGUAUAAUUUUAAUAUUAUCUGAGAAUUAUACAAACGUUUUUUACAUCAACUUUUUUCAAUAACCUAUAUUACUUUACUUCGCUCUGAAAUGUCCGUAAUGGAGGAAAAAGAAAGUAAUUUGUUAGAGAAAAAUAAACUAAAAACUGAUACAGGACAAGAUACAUCAUAUUAUUCAAGCAGGCCAUCAGACUUGUCUAUUGGAAGCAGUAGAGAUAGUCGUAAUGUUUCAAACAAUGAAAAAGCAGAUAAUGCUAUAUUAGUUGCUGAACAUUACAAUGCAAUUGAAGAAACACAUCUUUCACAAAGGAAUCAAAGUCGUAUUGUGUACAUGAGAAAUUUUAACAAUUGGAUCAAAAGUAUGCUUAUAAACGAAUAUUUAACUAAAAUAAAACAAAACAAAAAUCAUAACAGCCCAUUGAAGGUACUUGAUAUGUGCUGCGGUAAAGGUGGCGAUCUUCUCAAAUGGAAAAAAGGAGAGAUUAGUCAUUUAAUCUGUGCCGAUAUAGCUGAAAUAUCAAUUGAACAGUGUAAAAAUCGAUAUAGUGAUAUUUUAAACAAAAGUUCCAAAGUAAGGGGAUUUGCACCUAUUUUUACUGCUGAAUUUAUUGCAGCAGACUGUACAAAGGUAUGCCUAAGGGAAAAAUACAAGGAUGUUACUAUACAAUUUGAUCUUGUGAGCUGUCAGUUUGCAUUUCAUUAUAGUUUUGAAUCACUAUCACAAACAGAAUGUAUGCUUCGAAAUGCAAGUGAAUGCUUAAGGCCAGGUGGUUAUUUUAUUGGAACUGUUCCAGAUGCUUAUGAUUUAGUUUCUAGAUGGCAAAAGUGUGAUGGUAACAAGUUUGGAAAUGAUGUUUAUACCGUAGAAUUUUUAUGUAAAGAUAAGUUGAAACCACCUUUUUUUGGUGCUAAAUAUAAUUUUCAUCUUGAAGGUGUAGUUAAUUGCCCAGAAUUUCUUGUUCAUCUCCCUACACUCUGCAAAUUAGCUUAUAAAUUUGGUCUUGAAUUAGUAAUGUUUGAAAGAUUUGAAACUUACUAUGAACGCAUGAAGAAUGAAGGCAAAUCUUUACUGGGUAAAAUGCAAGCUUUGGAAACUUAUCCUCCGUAUCAUGAAAGCCCAUUAUUGGGACAACCUUUACAAGAUUAUCAACAUGCUAUAAAUUAUAUGCAAAAUCUACCAGGCCACCGUAAAAUCGGCACGUUGUCUCAAGCAGAAUGGGAAGUUACGUCACUUUAUGCAGUAUUUGCAUUUCAAAAAAAAGAAGUAGACUAGAGUUGAACAAGAGGAUGAAAACAACAAUGAAGCCAUUAUAAGACAGGAUAAGUGAAGCUACAAAAGAAGUUCUUUAUUUCACGAUGAAAAUAUUUAGAAUGACAUUAUUAAUGGCUUACACAAUGCAUGAUCAAUGAUUUUAUAUCAUAUAAAUUAUUUUGUUACCAUAGAAAAAUAUAUAUAAUCAGACUUAGUCUCCAA